CUUUCUCCAUCUCUUGCAUGAUUAUUAGUUGAACAACAAACCCUUAGGGUUCUUUUGAAAAAAGCAACUCGCCGCCGGGUUGAUCUCGUAUAUAUCACACUCAUAAGCUCCUCUCUCGUUACUCCCCUUUAUAAAACCUCAAACCCCACGCAACUACUCGGUUCUACUUCUUAUCUUUUUUAAUCAGAACACACCCCUUUGCUAUUUUCUUGAAAUUCAAUGUGAAUGAAGAAGGCCCUUUCGCCAAGAAAUAAAUUUUCGUUGUCUAUAGUCCGUCUAAUUUAUACUGAAAGGAAGUAAAAUUUUACGGUUUAAUCAUGGCGUUUUGUUGGUUUUAUCAUAACAAAAUGGAAUUUCUUAAAGCUUGAUUGUCAAAGAAUGGGUUUUUAUGUGCUCAUAGCUUCGAUUUUCAGGCUGUACAUUUGGAUUUGGUGGGUUUUUAGCAUUUAGAUUAAAGGUAUUUUUGAGAAUUUUCUAACGCUUUUAGGGUUUUUGAGUUUCGCUGGGAUUAGUUUAAAAUUUUCUUCGUGGAAGGAGGAUUUCGCUAUUGUGGAAGAUAUGUUAUCUGAAUUUGAUAGGAGGCUAAUGUUAAACAAUGAAAAUUCCUUUGGAGAUGAGCUGGAGAAGGAGACUGGCUUCUUGCUUCAUAAGCAGCGGCACCAAGUUUCCGAUGAACGUGAAAAGGAGCUGAAUAUGUAUAGAAGUGGAUCAGCUCCCCCUACUGUCGAGGGUUCCUUGAAGGCAAUCGGUGGGUUGUAUAAACACGAUGAUGUUCGCGUUGGCAGCAGUGGUGGAAUUGCCUUCCCUGAAUUUGCUAGGAAUAAGAGCGGUAAUGGGUUCAUGACAGAAGAGGAACUGAGGUCCGAUCCGGCAUAUUCAUCUUACUAUUACUCAAAUACCAAUAUGAACCCAAGGCUGCCGCCACCUCUAUUAUCAAAGGAGGAUUGGCGGUCUGCUCAGAGGUUACAAGGAGGGGGUUCUGCAAUUGGGGAUAGAAGGAAGGUUAAUAGGAGUGAUAGUAACAGCAGUAGUGGCGGCAGAAUGCAGUUUACAAUGCCACCGGGGUUCAAUUCUAAGAAGUCAGAGAGUGAGAAUGAGAUGGAUAAAGCUAAGGGUACUGUGGAAUGGGGUGGUGAUGGGCUGAUUGGUUUGCCUGGAUUAGGACUAGGUCGCAAACAGAAGAGCCUGGCUGAAAUAUUUCUGGAUGACUUGAACGGUGCAACUCCUGUAUCUAGACACCCUUCACGCCCCGCAAGCCGUAAUUCAUUUGAUGAGAAUGCUGAUACCAUAGCUUCAGCAGAAUCUGAGCUGGCUCACAUCCAUCGAGAUUUGACUGAUUCAGACCCAUUGCACUGUACUUCGAAUAUUCAGAGCUCGUCUGCUGUUCAACAUGUUGGACAACCUACUUCAUAUUCUUAUGCUGCUGCUUUGGGUGAUCCCUUGUCUAGAAGCUCCACUCCUGAUCCACAGCACAUUGCAAGGGCUCCUAGCCCUUGCCUUACCCCUAUUGGAGGAGGUAGGGUAGGCAAUUUAGAGAAGAGAAGCAUUAAUGGUCCCAAUUCGUUUAAUGUCAUGUCUUCCCAAACAAAUGGGUCUGUAGACCUGGUAGCUGCUUUUUCAGACAUGAAUCUUUCAACUGGUGUGCUAGAUGAGGACAAUCAUUUGUCUCCUCAGAUCGAACAAGAUUUUGAUGACCACAAAAAUUACCCCUUUGGUCUUCAGGGUGGGCAGAAUAACACGAAGCAGCUUUCAUUUACGAAGAAAUCCAAAACUGGGCAGUUCAAUGUGGCUUCUGUACCUCAUUCAACGAAAAUGAUGCCUUCUGAACCUGGUUUGAGCGAUGAUGGUGAGUUGGAUAUCAGCAACUCCUCCCUCCGAGCUGAGCUAUACAGAGCUGGUGUUUCUUCUAAUAAUUUGUACCUGAAAGGGUCUUCUUCUUCAGCUGUUAAUGGCGGGGGCAGCCUAACCUCUCAAUAUCAGCAUUUGGAUAGUCCAAAUUUCUCGUAUUCAAGUUAUGGUUUAAGUGGCUAUCCCAUGAGUCCAGUAGCAAGCCAACUUGGCAACUCUAAUCUGCCUCCUCUAUUUGAGAAUGCUGCUGCUGCAUCUGUUAUGGCUGCACCUGGGAUGGACUCAAGGAUGCUGGGGGGAUCAAAUCUAGGCAUUGCUGCCUCUGAAGAGAACAUCAUCCGAAUGGGAAAUCAGAUGGCUGGUAGUAUGCUUCAGGCACCUUUUAUUGAUACAUUGUAUCCUCAAUACUUGAGGACAGCUGAGUAUGCUGCAGCUCUUAGCAAUCCUUCUGCAGAUAGAAGCUAUAUGGGUAAUUCAUACAUGGACUUGCUUCAGAAAGCUUGUCUUGGCACCACAUUAUCACCACAGAAAUCACAAUGUGGUGUUCCAGUGGUUGGAAAGACCAUUGGUUCUAGUCCUCGUGGUUACUAUGGCAAUCCUGCGUUUGGCAUUGGGUUGUCGUAUCCUGGAAGUCCCCCUGUUAUUCCAAAUUCUCCUGUAGGACCUGUUAGUCCUAUGCGGCAUGGAGAUUUCAACAUGAGAUUCCCUGGUGGGGUGAGCAAUGUAGCUGGGGGUAUGAUGGCAUCCUGGCACUUCGACAACUUGGAGAAUAGAUUUGCUUCCUCUUUGCUGGAGGAGUUUAAGAGCAACAAAGCCAAAUGUUUUGAACUUUCUGAGAUUUGCGGUCAUGUUGUCGAAUUUAGUGCUGAUCAGUAUGGAAGCCGGUUCAUACAGCAAAAACUUGAAACGGCCACAGCAGAGGAGAAGGACAUGGUUUUCCGGGAAAUUUUUCCUCAGGCUCUUACUCUGAUGACUGAUGUGUUUGGUAAUUAUGUAAUCCAGAAGUUUUUUGAACAUGGAAUGGCCGCCCAGAGGAGAGAAUUAUGUAGCAAGCUUUUUGGGCAUGUACUUACACAUAGCCUUCAAAUGUAUGGUUGUAGGGUGAUACAGAAGGCUGUUGAAGUUGUUGAUGUGGAUCAGAAGAUCAAAAUGGUGGAAGAGCUGGAUGGACAUGUCAUGCGUUGUGUGCGUGAUCAAAAUGGUAACCAUGUCAUCCAGAAAUGCAUCGAAUGUAUUCCAGAGGAGCAUAUCCAGUUUAUUGUCUUGACAUUUAUUGACCAAGUUGUGACUCUAUCUACUCAUCCAUAUGGGUGUCGUGUGAUACAGAGAGUAUUGGAGCACUGUCAGGAUGCCAGAACCCAGUGUAAAGUGAUGGAAGAGAUUCUAGGGUCCGUAAGCAUGUUGGCACAGGAUCAGUAUGGCAAUUAUGUCAUUCAGCAUGUGCUGGAGCAUGGAAAGCCACACGAGAGAACUACUAUAAUCCAGGAAUUGGCUGGGAAGAUAGUUCAAAUGAGCCAGCAAAAGUUUGCUUCAAAUGUUGUCGAGAAGUGUUUAACUUUUGGUGAUCCCCAUGAGCGCCAGCUCCUGGUGAAUGAGAUGCUUGGAUCAACUGAUGAAAAUGAGCCUCUUCAGGCUAUGAUGAAAGAUCAAUUUGCGAAUUACGUUGUACAGAAAGUACUUGAAACUUGUAGUGAUCAAGAGCGUGAACUCAUACUGUCUAGAAUAAAAGUUCAUUUGAAUGCGUUGAAGAAAUACACUUAUGGGAAGCACAUCGUAGCUCGUGUGGAGAAACUUGUUGCUGCUGGGGAAAGGAGAAUUGCUCAAUCCCUUCUCUCCACUUAGAUGCCGUAGGAAAGAAAGUUGUACAGCUAACUGAGGCUAGUUUGAGCUACCUCGCUUCCUUCCACUUCUGCCAGGCGUUAUGCUCUGGCUAAUACCCUAUCUAUGAGGAAGGCAUUAGAGGAUUUGCAAAUAAAUUCGUUACCUGUUCUACGUACUGCUCAUUGUAUAGUUUUAAGUUUAUACAUAGAUUCUAGUAAGCUGAGGCUAGAAGGUUAAAUAUUCCUGAUGCCUGUGCAGUUUUAAGAUGACAAUACAAGUUCGAAGGGUGUAAAAAUGGCGAAAGGUGAGGUAGUUUACAUUGCGACAUAACUGUACAAAUUAUGGCGUGGUGAGUAGGUUUAUCGUCUAGUACAUAUUGGGUUAUUUUUAAAUUGUCCUUUCUUGUUCAUAAUUUUAUUUUCUAGUUUA